GCUGCCUCACAAAUAGUAUAAUGAUGAAUUACUAUGUCGAUCGAUUAAAGUCAGGGUAUUAUGAAGCUAUCGUCCGAACUAAUUCCAUUAAUUAAUAUUUACAUAUAUUUAUUAUGUGUCAUGUCCAGCUUAGCUUGCGUUUGUUGGCAGGGGCACUGAGCAUUUUUUUUUUCUCAUACAUUUGAGUAAUGACAAAAAUAUAGAUAAGUCGGCGAGGUACAGCGUAAUUUUUAUUUCGCUGACAGACAGUUUGAGCGAGUGGUAAUAUCUGACGAAAGUUCUUGCAGUCUUUCCACAGGACUUUCUUCACAGGAAACAGUUGGCUUCCUGAAAAGCGUCCACCAUGCCAGACGAUUUUUCCCGCCAGUUUGAGGGCCAAGUGGUCAUUGUGACCGGGGCAAGUUCAGGUCUUGGGGAAGAGAUGGCCCUGGUAUUUGCCGAGAGAGGCGCCAAAGUGACCCUGUGUGGCCGGAACGUGGAAAGACUUGAGGCCUCUAUGGCCAAGUGUCAGAAAGCAGCGGGAGGCGCUAAAGACAGAUUCAUCACGGCUAUAGGAGACGUCACAGAUUCAGAGGUGAGAAAAAACAUAAUAAAAAGCACCGUAAAAGCGUUUGGUCGCAUAGACGUGCUCGUAGCGAACGCCGCCUCUCUUGGGUACACUGAUGGAUUUCUGUCCGAAACGGAAGAGUCCUUCGAUUUAAUGAUGAACUCCAUUCUGAAGUCUUCGUUUUUCAUCAUCCAAGAAGCCAUACCAGAAUUAGAGAAGUCGAAAGGCAAUGUGGUCAUCAUAUCUUCGAUCGGCAGCACGACUCCUACUGGUAGAAUGAUUCUGUACGCCAUGGCAAAGUCCGGAGUGGAUCACAUGACUCGCUGUCUGGCAGUCUCCCUGGGUCCGAAAAACAUCCGCGUUAACGCCACCAACCCUUCUAUUGUCAACUCGAAUGCGUACAGAGACUGGGAUAAGAAGCUGGGCAUGAACUUCAUGGAAGCAUCUGAGAAGAUUCACGGUCCUCAACACCCGCUGGAAAAGCGUUGUUCCACUGCCAGGGAACAGGCUAACGUCGUGGCCUUUUUGGCUAGCAAAGACGCCAAUUUUGUCACGGGGCAGUGUUUAAAGGUUGACGGGGCGUACUCUCUCUACAAGGGCACGUGAAAGGGGCAUACUCAUAGACAACGUGAGGGAAGUAGAGAUAAAUAUUACAUGUAUAAAUCAGAGACUGAAAUUAAUUUCUUUCUGAAGGAAGGAAUAUGAAUGUUUUUUUGAUGUACAGAUGCCCUAUAUAAUAAAAUAAAGAUAACAGACA